AUGAUGAUGCUUCAGCUGUCCCGGCACUCUGCCACCGCCAUGUUGCGUCGAGGCGCGUUGGCGGCACGCUUUUCCAGCGAGAGCAUGGUGACCAAGACCACCUUCUCAGGUCCAGGACUGUCCGAAUUCAUUCGCAACUCCAAGGAAGAGACGACGGCACCUGUCGUUGUCGAAGAAAGCACCAUGAACAUGCCGUCUCGAAUCACAGAGUUGUCCGAGAUCGAGACCACGGUCCCGAAAUCCUUCCACAUCGAAACGUAUGGGUGUCAAAUGAACUCGUCGGACUCUGAGAUCGUCCGCGCCAUUUUGCUCAAGCAUGGGUACAUUGACCAACCGUCCAGUGACGACGCCGACGUCGUGCUUCUAAACACGUGCGCCAUCCGCGAGAAUGCCGAGUCCAAGAUCUGGCGCCGCCUCGAAGUGUUCAAGCAGAACAAGCUCAAGGCGCGCAAGCAGAAAAAAGGCACGCCGACUCAAACGGUGGGCGUGCUGGGCUGCAUGGCCGAGCGGCUCAAGUCCAAGCUGCUCGAGUCCGACAAGAUGGUCGACCUCGUUGUGGGCCCCGACGCGUACCGGGACCUGCCCAACCUCCUCGGCAUCCUCACUCAGGGCGCCCAAGACACGGCCGUCAACGUCCAACUAUCGCUGGACGAAACGUAUGCCGACAUUGCACCCGUCCGGUCCGACGAUUCGAACCCGGCGGCGUUUGUGUCGAUCAUGCGAGGAUGCAACAACAUGUGCUCGUACUGCAUCGUGCCAUUCACACGAGGCCGCGAGCGGUCCCGCGACGUCCAUUCGAUCGUGGACAACGUCAAGGUGUUGCGCGACCAAGGCGUGAAGGAAGUGAUGCUCCUGGGCCAAAACGUCAACUCGUAUCAUGACAAGCACACCCAAGGCGCACAAGACGAAGGUCGGGCGUACGUGUCGGCCAGUGGCUUCACCAACAUGUAUAAAGCUCGUGAUGCCCUGGGCUACCGUUUUGUGGACUUGCUGGACCGGGUGUCGGCCGUGGACCCAGAGAUUCGCAUCCGCUUCACGUCGCCCCAUCCAAAGGACUUUCCCGACGACGUCCUCCACCUUGUGAACGACCGGCCCAACAUUUGCAAAGCGAUCCACAUGCCCGUGCAGCACGGUCAUUCCGACGUCCUUGCGCGUAUGCGACGAGGGUACACCCGCGAGGCAUCGAUCAUCCCUGGCAUUUCGCUCAGCUCGGACUUUAUUGCGGGGUUCUGCGACGAAACCGACGAUGAGCACGAGGCCACGCUUUCGCUGAUGCGCCACGUCGCAUACGAUCACGCGUUCAUGUUUGCAUAUUCGAUGCGCGCCAAGACACACGCGGCCCACCGCAUGGAAGACAACAUGGAGGAAGCAACCAAGUUGAGACGCCUGGCCCAAGUGAUUGACACGUACAACACUGUCGUGACAGCCAAAAACAAGGUGGAGGACCAAGGCCGGCUGCAUAUUGUGCUGGUCCAAGGCACGAGCAAGCGAUCGGCGCUCAACCUCACGGGCCUUACCGAUACAAGCAAACGAUGUGUCUUUGCUGAUAUUCCUGUGGUCCCGGAGGCUUCGAUGGCGUGGAACCCUAGUACGCUGGACUUUGUACCGACCGAUAGCACGGGUCCAAAGGUGGCGCUGCAGCGGGGCGACUACGCGCUUGUCCGCGUACAUGAAGCAGGGCGACACACCCUGCAUGCUACGCCCAUUGCUCGCACGACGCUGUCUGAGAUGCAUCGCUUGGCGCCAGUGGGACUGCUGGGGGCGCGACCGCACAACUUGGCUGCUCUUAUGCUCUGA